GAGGUAUGAAGUCUUACUUAACUUAGACGAGCUGAGCCGCUGGUGAGUGUGAUCCUAUCGUACGUUGACGCCAGGUGGAAGGCCACGAGACAUGUGGAUGCCCACUUUGAGACCGAUUGCCAGCUCGAGUCGACUUACGAAACGUCUCGUCUGCCCCAGAGCUGCCCUGGUCCCCAACCUUCCUACCACACCUCGAUCUUGUUUCUCUUCCAAUAGAUUAUCAACCCAACGUCAAGCGCUGGGCCGUAUCAUUCCAAGACGUAUAGCCGUUCGUAUAUCUGGGCCUGCAGGAGCUGGUGAUGGUUAUGAUGAUCUACCCCGGGCAUCAAUAUGGCGACCGAUAGUGUUUUGUCUGGGAUUGGGAGGAGGUGCUUAUGUGAUUGCAGCACAAUGGACGAAUCAUGAUACUUCUAAAUGGAUGGAACGAUUUGGAGCAGGUCGGACAUGGCGAUGGGGUCAAGCGGCUCCAAGCGACAGAGAGCUUCUUCAGGCCCAAAGGGUGCAGGCUGCUCAGGAAGGACAAGCUACCGUUAACACCUUGCGAACUCGAUUAUCAUUCCUUCCCCAAUUCAUACUUGUUCCAAUCCUACGAAUCUACGUCAUCACGAAGAACUACGCUCUAAACUCUCCACCAUCUCAAGUGACCCAGCUGGGAUUAAUCAGUGUGAUGGGUACCGUCUUUCUUGCGUGGAAAAUCAGGAGACUGGAACCUUUUAUGAAACGAUGGUUCACUCAUCGACCGGUCGUUCUGGGAGGAGGGGUGAAGAGGGAAUGGGCCAACACUGUCACUCUAUUCACAAGCGUCAUAUCUCAUCAAUCUCUUCCGCAUCUCGCAUUCAAUUCACUUGCUUUGUAUGGAUUUGGCUCCGCAGCUUAUGCCUACCUCGUCUCGCCUCUACCCACUUCCACGUCACUCCCGUCAUCCACACAUACUCCUCACUUCCUGGCUUUCCUACUUGCCGCAGGUCUCUUCUCAUCAUUAUCUUCACACUUGUGGACAAACAUCUUCCGUCUCCCUCGACUUCUCACCACACUUCGAUCUCCUGCUAGGAUAUCAUCAGCCGAGGCAUUGGCCGCUCAUCAAUCCAUCCUUCCCAGUCUAGGAGCCAGUGGAGCGAUAUACGCCGCAUUAACGAUGACCGCAAUGGCAUUUCCCGACUCUCAUGUUAGCCUCAUAUUUCUUCCGUUUGUAAGCAUACCGAUCGGCUUGGGAGUUUCAGGAAUGGUAGCUCUCGAUCUGCUCGGAUUGAUCAGGGGUUGGAGAAUGUUCGAUCACGUCGCUCAUCUUGGUGGAGCUUUGUUUGGGGUUAUCUACUACAAGUACGGACGUGAACUUUGGACAUGGACCAGGAGACAAUUGGGAGGGGUUCUGCGGACAUGAUCAUGGAUUGUGCGGGUCAGUGACCAUUCUGCUCUAAUUAGUUUUGAAUCUUCUUGGUCAAUGUCACUCAAUGCAUUCCUCUACUAGAUUC